AGAGAGAGAGGGAGAGAGAUUUUUGCACAAAAAUGGCGAGCGCAGCUCAAAUACCAACCAGUUUCGGGCAUGAACUGAGAGCAUGCCUUCGGUGCAGGCUUGUCAAAACCUAUGAUCAGUUUAGGGAAUCGGGAUGCGAGAACUGCCCCUUCUUUAAGAUGGACGAAGAUCAUGAGCGUGUUGUUGAUUGCACUACUCCUAAUUUUACUGGGAUUAUCUCAGUCAUGGAUCCGACCAGAAGUUGGGCUGCUCGAUGGCUUCGCAUUGGUAUAGUAGAAGAAACAUGGACAUUCACACAGCAUGAUGACAAACUUUCCAUUGUCUCGUUCCUUGAAUUUGAGGAAAUGACGACAAUAACUAUUGACACAAUAUAUCUGAGCUAGUGUCAACUAACAUAGCCAUAACCACAAGAACUUAUUGGACUGAUGGGUAAGUAAUUCCUUUCUCUGAUUUUACUUCUUCUUCCAUUGUUUUUAUCAUCCUAGUGGAGGAGGAAACCACCUCCACACAACUAUCUCCAUGUCUAUUGUGUUCAUCAACACUAAGUGGCUUCUAAGACCAUGUUGGGACCACCAUAGUUUGCAAAAUACAUCUUUGUCUGAGACACCCUCUCCACCCUUCCUCAUCCAUCACCAUACACAACUCUGAGAUGCAAACUUUUUCUCUCCUUUGUAGAUGCGAGUCUUUGCCUCCAAGAACCUCCACCCAAUCCAACACCCAACUUUGAAGUCUCCAUUCCAGCAACCUACCUCCCCCUUUUCAUAUUCCACAAGAAAUUUCUACAUGACAUAUGUAGGAUGACUCCUUGCCUAGCAAGCCAACUUCAUAUCCCAAAAAAAUGAGAGAUCUUUGGAGUCUUCUCCUUUGCUCCACUAUUUUCAUUCGAUUCCCAUGCUUGCCUUGUCCAACAAAGUCGAAAGUCUUCUGUAGUAGCUGAACAAUCAUCCUCAUCUCCCCUGCCUACUAAUCUUUCCCCUUUGCUUGAAUCAUCUAUCUUCAAAGAAGAUGAUAAGCCCUAUUCUUCCCUUCAACCCUUCCUUUAUGUGCUGGAUUGAAUAUACUGGACCGAUUACAUAUAAUAUUCUCGAAUGACUCUCUCUCUCUCUCUCUCUGAAGACAAAAGUUGGUAUUGUCUUUAGUUAUUUUUUCCUUCUUUCAUUUAGCUGCUACAUUGCUAAAAAUCAAAAGGGCUAAAACAAGUGGUUUUCUGCAAAUCAUUUCUUUCUUUUUUCAUUAUGUAUCAUGUUGUUGCUUUUUUUUUUCUUUCUUUUCCUGGUGAAAUUUGGCAUUGUCAGCUUCAGGAAAUGCAAAACCAUAAAUUGCUGAAUUAUCCUCAAUUCGAGAACAUAAGAAAACUUAAAUGAGUAGGACCAGCUGCAAUUUAACUUUGAGUAAAUUUAAAUAGGAUUCUAAACAUUACCUUCGACAUUUUCUUUUGGACCAAUAUUUGUUGCAUCACUAUGUGCUUCUUCUUAAGACUCUUAUGUAUACGUUCACUGAUGUGUGUGUACAUGGGUGCGUUAUUAUGCCACAUCAUUCUCUCAUAUGGAAAAAUGGAGAGAGAGAGUUCACAAUUAAGUGACAAAUAUAAGGUUCAGUGAGCAAAAAUCAUAAGGUUUAUUAUGCCACAUCAUUCUCUCAUAUGGAAAAAUGGAGAGAGAGAGAGAGUUCACAAUUAAGCAACAAGCAUAAGGUUUAGUUUGUGGUCUGAACCUUCGAGAGGAAAAGCCAUUGAACCCAAGGAAGAGAGAAUUUUUUGGAGAGAAGAUAAUCUUGUCAGGAAAAACUAAAACAGUCAUUUUUAUUAUUGCGGAUCCUGUUGUUAUUUUGUUCUUGUUUCAUUGUAACUACUUUAGGUGAAAGAAAAAAUGUGCAAAAGGAGAAGAGGACUCUUGGAGAAGAUAAGAGACAUCCCUUUGGAAAAGACUAGAACAAUUAUCUUUCUCUUCAUAAAACCUUGCACUUGAAGAAUUUUGCCACCGUUGAGUUUUUGAAUUAAUAUUGAACAUGAAAUGAUAUUGAUUGAUAUAAUUGAAUAACUAGUUUUCCUUUUUUCCAAAAACAUUUGAUUGUUUAUUUCAGUGGAAAAUUUAUGGUUUUAAUGACUUGUAACUUGGAAUUUAUGAUCAUAUUAAACC